UGUCACAACAUUUGAGUUACCGAGUAAACAGUACAUGAUACUUUAUCGUGUCUCUAAAGCAAACAGUUGUAUCGACAUUUUCAGGCAGCGCGGAGCUUGAAUAUAAACGGGUUUUUUCAAAUAAGGGAAAGGGGAAGUUUUUAUUGCUUUCAUUUUGACAAGUUACAGAAUGAAACAUGUUCCUGUGGAUAUAAACUAAAAAACCUUGCUAUGGAUACUGUUUAAAUUGUCCAUUCGUGUAACGUGUUUUUCAAAGUAGAAUGGUGGUGCAGUUUUCCAAAAAAGACUGUUAUAUUGCAUUGUUAUUGUCACACCUUUUAAUGAUUGCAAAUGGGCAUUAAUCAAGAACAACCUGCAAUGCUUUUCUGUUCUUUUUACCGCUCAACAGAAAAGCGUUCUGUGUCUUCUACGGAGUUCAAAUCACUGCCAAUGACUAGGAUGAGCGCACAUAUUAAAUCAGGAUUAAUCAGUGAUUGAUCCUAAUCUUCCAAAUCAGGUCAAGUAGAGCCCCUUGGACAGGGCUGAAACGUCAUAGUCAGGGCCGCUGGACAGUGUCAGAUUAUAGUUUAGGAUCGGAUUACCACUGCUAAUCCCAUUAGACAUGUUGUGCUUUAAAUGGCUGCCAAACUGCUCUAAGCAUGUGGAGAGAGUGGAUCUAUGGCGGCCUGUUAUAGCAGAGUGAAAUGUGAAAGAAAUUGGAAUUAAAUAAAAAUCCUUCAAGAGGUCUGAUUGUGGAUAGAAGUUAUUACUAAUUUAAUAUCAUACUGGAUAUAAUAAACAUGUAAAUUAGCUCGUGACAUCAGAACCGUAAUGGGCCAGCAACCGGAAAUGGAGAAGAAGAAGAAGAAAAAAAAUGACGAUGACGAGUUGACUCCACCUCAUGAUGCCAUUUAGCAACAGAUGAGCAGCAGCAGAAGAAGAAGAAGAAAAAUAUCCCCGGCAGGCGCACGUUCUUUCUUUUUUUUGGCUUCCCGGGCAGCCGGAGACACGCGCGCGCACACCGCCGGCGGCGUCGCCCGCGCGCCCUAACGGCCUCCUCCUGACGGCGUAACGGGUCGGAAGGGUCGCGGUGCCUCCCUCGCUUGUCGCCCCGCAGCGCGGCCAGCGGUUUUCUCCUCUCUCCUUCCUCCACGUCGCGCGCGCGUGUGUGUGUGUGUGUGUGUUGCGGCUGGCAGAGAGACUUUCUCCCCCCCCGCCGCGGCAUCGCCAUGGACGUGCUGUGGCUGAUUCCGCUGCUGCUGGUUCCGCUGCUGAUGUGGAGCAGCGGCACGUUCGUUUUUUAUUUCAAAAAGUGCUUCUACGUGGGCUGGAUGAUGGUGCUGGCGCUGCUGGCCAUCCCCCUGUGCAUGCUGAAAAGCGGGGGCAGAGACGUGGAGAACAUGAGGAUCAUCCGCGUCCUGGUUCGUCAUGUGAAGUAUUUCCUGGGCCUUCGCUUCGACGUGAGCGGCUGGGAGCAUCUGCAGACUGAGGGGCCGUACGUCAUCAUCUCCAACCACCAGAGCUCCCUGGACGUGUUGGGCCUGAUGGAGAUCUUACCAGACCGCUGCACCAUGAUCGCCAAGAAGGAGCUGGUCUACGCCGGCACGGUGGGUCUCAUCUGCUGGCUGGGCGGCAUCGUCUUCAUCAACCGCAAGAAGACCAGCGACGCCAAGAGCGUCAUGGCCGAGGCGGCACAAACCAUGCUGGACCAGCAGAUUCGUCUGUGGGUUUUCCCAGAGGGAACCCGAAACCAGAAAGAAGACCUGCUGCCCUUCAAGAAAGGGGCUUUCCACCUGGCGGUGCAGGCACAGGUGCCCAUCAUACCCGUCGUUUUUUCCUCCUACCGCAACUUCUACCUACGGAAGGAAAAGCGGUUCAACUCGGGGACCGUCCGGUUGAGGAUCCUCCCAAAGAUCGAGACGAAGGGAAUGACGUCCGACGACAUUUCAUCCCUCUGCGACAAAUCCUUCGACCUGAUGCAAGCCGCCUUCCGUGAGCGUCUCCGACUUCAAACGCACGAGCAACGGGCCGUCGAAGGCGCUGAACAUUCGCCGCGCUCCCGCCUCCUUUUUCCUCCCACGUCCCCGUCUGAGACUUGUCUGCCCCGCCCCCCAGUCCCCCUCCCCGCUCCUCCCCCUCUGCUUUCCCCCAGGUUUCCCAUUGCCUGGCCUUGUCAUGAAAUCUCUUCUUGUCUAGUGGACGCCUGGUCGGGUCGGCCUCUGGCCCGACCAGUCAGCGCAGUCUGUCCCGACCCUCACUGUGCCUGCAGCAGCAGCAGCACCUGCACCACCACCUCCUCCACCUCCACCAGCAGCAGCGCUGCUCUGCAGGCCGUGAGCGGAAUGACGGACGGCCGUAUAGAUGCGUGCUGUUCUUCAUGCAUGACGGAGGGCUCUGGCCACCACCAGUUUUUGCUUUGCUUCCUGCCUUUUUAAUUCUUUUUUUUUUAUUAUAAUCAUUUCUUUUCUCCACCUUCCACCUCCUUGGCUUUUCUUUGUGUCACCUUUUCAUCUCCUGCUGCUGUUAUUUGAGCCCCGGACAAACAAAAAAACAUGCACAAAAAAACAUGCGCAAAUGCAUUCAAAGUGCUCCACCUCUUUCCUUUCUUCCUUCCUUCCUUUCCUUUUUGUGUGCUCUCUCUCUCCCUUUUUCUCCAUUCCAGUCUCUUGCCUAAAGACGAAAGUGGUAGAGGUGAGGGGUCGACCGCGGGCUUCUAGGGUCCCGUCGCUAUGAAUUCUAGUGUGUGUCCAUGUUGGCUCUUCAAGCCGGUGACCAAUCGCUCCAAGACCCACUUCAUGAUGUCAGCAAGCGGGGAAUUCCAGUUUACAAGAAGCCGUGUGUAACAAUAGCGCCCAUCUGUACUGAAUUACCGGGUUUCCGAGGACUGAUGUUUUUUUUCAAUGUUGUGCAUUGUGGGUGUAUCGUAUGCAUUCAGUCGGUUCCUCUCCAAAAGGUUCCAAAGAUCCAGCGUGCAGCACGGAAGAGCCUCUUCUCGCCGUGUGUUUGCUUUAUAUUUAUUACAUCAGAUAAACUUGUUUUUGCUAUUUGUUUUGUUUUCCGGUGGCUUCACAGGUGAACCGAUUUGUAAGGUGUGUCAAAAAGUGAUUUCAUGCUGUGCGAUGUCCAACUGUUUCAAGCAUUACUGUUCCAAAGUGCGAGCGACCUGCUGUGCCAUGACCAGUGAAGGCUCCCUCGCUGUGACCUGUGCCCCGUCAACAAGGGCCCUCUCAUAGUUGGGGGGGGGGGGGGAGAAAGUUGUGUAGAAUCAUGAGACGGUUGUCGGGCUUGAAGUGAUUUGUUCAGAUUAACUGAAAGGUUCACUAAUUACUAGCAAACCUGUAAUAUGUUUUAGUCCACAGUGUUUAUUUUUCCAUUAGCAACAUGAAAGUGAAUAACUGGGAUCAAGCUACGGCGAAACCUCACGGAAGAAUAAGCGUUGUGGACAUUUUGCCUUAAGUUUGUUGUUUUCUGCUUCGUUAAAUGUACAAAGACUCCUGACCGCGUAGAACCGGCUGAACUGUUUCAGUUUACAUCCAGGUCUUCAACUUCACGUUGCUCGCUGCCUUUAUACGGUUUGCCAAAUCCUUAAUUUUGCCGCUUUUGCUCCUCAAACAGUGUUUCGGCAUUCAGAACAUUUGUGUGCAACUAAUUACGUUUUCUCCUUUUAGUAAAUGAACGCGGGAUGUUGCGUCUUCACGGAAAUGUAUUCAGACUAUGAAAUGCUAAAUUGACACAAGCGGAGAGUCUCGUAUUGAACAGAUACUAGUAUUAAAACUAAACUCUGUUUAGUUCUUUUCUUAGUUUGAUUAUAUUUAUUUUUUAUCUGGGAGAGGAAGCUUUGCAGUCAAUGGUUUAAAUGUUAUAAAGUACUUUACCAAAUUUAUUUCUUCUCAGAUAUUAGUUCUACAACAGAAAGUUUGCUCCCGAGGUGUUUUACCCGUUUCAUUUCAAUCCCUUUGUCAUUUUGUAAUACAAAUGUGUGAUUUCUAAGCUUUACGUCAUGAGCUUUGACCGGUGGAGAACAAGCUCGACCGUGCUGGUUGAUUUUUGGGCAAUUGUUUACGAACUACGAUAACUGUCAAAUGAAAUCUUCUUGACCCUAAUAAAGCACUUUUCAUGCUGAGUUUGGGAGGGAAAAAAAAAAGAACAAGGACGUUCAAGUUUUCUCAGAUUUUCACCAAAGCCAUUAAAAGUGUAAUUGGUGGGAGCUUUACAUGGAUACGAGAGACCGAGCGCACAUCCUGCAGAGCCGAGUGUGUGUGUGUGUGUGUGUGUGUGUGUGUGGUCCUUUACUGAAUGUGUGCGUCAUGACGUACGCACACAUGGUAGAGACGGCCGUUCUAGUAUUUGGUUAAUAUUGACGAUGUAGUGUUAUUGAUUUCACCUUUUCUGGGUAAAUGUGAAUGCCUUGCAAAAGAAUAAAUAAAAAAACGAUUAUUUUCUUUCUUAA